AGGUACAACGCAUUAGAACACUCUGCGCGGGGCAAUCGCCUGUUAUCGUCAUCUCAGGCCCCCCUCGUUUCAAAUGUAGCUUCAAGAUCCUUCGUGGGACUGCUGCCCCGCGUUUCACACGCCUCUUGAGAAGUGAUGGAAAUUCAUCAAACCAUUCUCGAUUUUCCUUGACCACAUGCCAGCAACCAUGAUGACAAUGAAUUGGCUCGUCUCGCUUCCCCUGCUCACUUGCGCAGCAGCGUCUUUCGGCCUUGAUACGGCCGUCGAUGAACAAUUCCUAUUCAAGCCUCUGGCCUGUCCUUCGGGGUCUAUAUCAAUCGAUGGCGAAUGCCAACUUCAAUCGACAAUAGAAACCGAACUCGUGCAAGUCAACUUUACGCGGACUCUGGAAGAAGCAUCGAUCCUUGCAAAAGAAACCGAAGAUUUCAAGUGGACCCACUGGCCGGAGUGUUUCGAAAAUGUCAACACGACAAGCCCUUACUGUGUGUUCUCUUCUCAAGAAUUCGCAUCAGGGCGAGGGAUAUUCCUCAUCACCAACUCAAAAAAUGCGGAAAGGAUACUCAAAAAACCUGCAAUGGCAGCGCCUGAAACAUUGUCACGGGCAAACCUCAAGCGCGACCUACCCUUUGAACUCCGCGAGGUACCUGGAAAGGGGCGAGGUCUCUUCGCAACCAGAGUGAUCCAGAUGGGGGAACAAAUUUUCGCCAACACCGCCAUCGUCUUGGUUGAUUCCGACUCUGGUGUCCUCGCCGAUGAGGAACGCAAGGCAUUGAUCGCUAGGGGCGUGGAUAGUCUUCCUGAAGCGGCGAACAAGGACUUCUGGGCCCUCCUUGACCACUUCGAUGAGGACAAGGGCCCGGAAGGUCGCAUCAACACCAACGCUUUCGAUGUCACUAUCAACGGCGAUUCAUACUAUGCCGUUAUUCCCGAGGUCUCCAUGAUCAACCAUGACUGCCGACCCAACACCGCCUAUUUCUGGGACCAGGAAACACUGACACACUACGUCCAUGCCACCCGCACGAUCUUCCCAGGAGAAGAGCUCUCAGACACCUACAUCGACGUCGAGAAGCCCCGCAAGGAACGUAUGGGCCGCCUGAAGAGGUCAUGGGGUUUCGACUGCGCCUGCUCGACUUGCAGCGCGGAGCGUGCCUUCGCCGCAGAAAGUGAUGCGCGCAUCAGCGACAUCAAGGAAAUGGUUGCGAAACUCGAGGACUGGUCAUUGGAAUCCGAGGCCACGCCAGAUAUGGCGGAGGGACUGAUCUCGCUGUACAUCCAGGAGCGAAUUCAUGUCAACAUGGCAACUCCUUACAGACUCGCCGCGACGGUGUAUGCGAGUUAUGGGAACAGGGAGUUGGCGAUGAAGUAUGCACGCUUGGCGGUUCAGCAUAUAAUGUUGGAGAAGGGGUGGCGUCAUCCUGAUCUGGAGGAAAUGAUGAAGAUGUUGAAGGAGCCUGAGAGGACCUGGUCCUGGGGCAAGCGACUUGGCCUGAAGAAAUCUGGCUGUGGAUGCGGACAUCAGCAUUGAGGGGUUUAUCUCAUGUCAAUAUAGAGGAGUACUUAGUUCAUGGCAUUGGAGGGCGCUCAUGAGGGUCUGGGGCUUCAUUCGUUGGCGUUUCAGGUAGCUCGUGUCACUUAAACAAAACGUUCAGG